AUGCCGCUGAAAGUAGUGGUGGAGCUGCAAAUCCAUGCGGUAUCUUGUCCUGGCGUGUACUUGACAGAGAAGAAAGAUGUUUAUCUCAGUGUUUGUAUUCUGGGUCAGUGCAAGGAGACAGAUUGCCUUCCUCCAGUCUUCCCUUUCUUGUUCCAUGAGAAGAUGUGGUUUGAAAAGAUAUUUGAAAAUGCUACAGAUCCUAUUACUGUUGUAGAACUGCUAGAAAAAGACAUGACAAAAAUUCGAUUAUCUGAACUGAUACCUUCAGAUGGAAAAGAGCUGGCAUUUUAUGAAAGAAACACUCGAUAUUUUCUAUUUCCUGAGCCAAAACUGACUCCUUCAUAUCCUGGAGUGGAUCGAGAGCUAUUAAUGAACACUUUUCCUUCUUUCCCGGGCAUUGCACCAAAAUUAGAAUUUUCAACAAGAACAACUAUUACAGAGCUUCCACUUCUUUCCGGAAAGUGGUAUUGUGAUCACAACAAAACCAGGUUACAAAGGGUGGCUUCAACAACACCCCAAAGAAGGAGCAUCUCGCCAGCGCCAUGUAAGGCAACAAAGAGUCGGAGCUGUAAGAGACUUACAAGGUCAUUACAGUCCCGCUCACCAUCCCCAACCCCAAGAAGGCAUCGCCAUGGACUCUGCAGAGAUAACCACCAGCAGUCGUCCCCCCUGAACCUGAGAGCUGUUAAGUUCAAAACCCAAGGGGACCACAGACCACCUUUUGUAGUGAGGCAUGUUGAUGCUUCUAAAGCAUUUGCUGAUGAAGCCCUGUCUCCCUUAUUGUAUCGAAAUGCAAGGCAGGGUGCCAGCACAUCAAGAAAUCCUCACAAUUACCAGUUGAAACGAGCAUUAUCGUUUGAUAGCUGGAAAACAGCAUGUCCAUCUGCUAAGGUUAUCAGAGAGCCAGCCGAAGACCAUGGUUCAGAUUGCGAGUCAUCAUCUAGUGAAACAAAGGCAUCUGCUGCCACCUAUUCAUGGAACACUCCUGAUCUUUGUUACAGAAGUUCUUCCCCAAAACAUUAUGAAUCAUCCAAUCCUAGUGGAAGAUGGGCAUCUCCCCAGCACAGGAUAUACUCCAGCCCCAAUUCCAGCUGGGAGGAAAUUAAUGAGAGAGUGAGGAAUCUGCUUACCUCCGAUGAGGCCAGGCAAAGACUUUCCAUUGGAGCCACUGAUUUUGAGAUUGAUGAUGUCCUUGAAAGAAGGUCCAUCUCUUUGAGGAGUUCCCCUUACUGUGACUCAACAGAACAAAGAUGCAGCUUGUAGUUAUGGUUGGCAAGGUAAG